UUGUUUUUUUCUAUUUAAAAAUUUAAUUAAUGCGCAAAACGAAAACUUGAAAUAAACUGUAAUUGUAAUACCACUUUUAGAUUAAAAGAUGUAUUUAAAGUUUUACUGUAUAUUUUGGCAAGAGCCAAGUCGAAAUUUACGAUUACCAUUACGUGUGUCAGCCAGCAGAUAAUUCAGUUGCGCGUGGCUCGUUCGUGCUUCUUAUCAAGUUGUUUGUUUGCUUCAUGUGAACUUCGAAUGCCCUCCCUCGACCUCCUAGCUCCCAGCCCCGCUUAUCGUUAUCAGCACAAUAAAAUGAGAAGGAAGGUAAUUAAUUCACCAGAUACUGUCGCGCAUUCACGCACGGAAUACAUACUUUCUUGCAUACGCGCUCAGAUUUUUGGUUGUUCUUGAGUUAUAACCUGUCUGUAACUUUUAGUUGAAAAGUUCUAAGUACCUGUUGUGUUAAUAUUAAUUGUUUGUGAUUUUUUCCUUCAUCCUGCAUUCAAGAGGAGGAAUGCCAAGUGACUGUCGAGACUGUUUGGGUAUUCGUUAUCGAAUUAAUUCCCUGCACCAGACCUGGAAGUGGCUGCAUCAGACCAUCGCUCUACACGAAUAUCUGAUCUCCCUCUCUUCGGCUGAUACUGACGCUUGUUGCUGUAUGCACUAGUGUAUUUGUGUGGACUAUUAGAACAGUUUUUCAAUCGUAACUUUAAGUAGUUUAACUAAUUGACGCUUAAUCAAAGUAGUUGUUAAGAGGUUCAUACAGAAAAGUCUCCGUUUUAUCCACUUACUUGAAAAUGGCACAAGCAAUGAUGAAGAAGAUCGCCAUGAGCAGUGCUUGCGUUAUGAUUGGCCUCACCAGAAGAGCCAGUGCCCGCACCCUGGCCACGAGUGGACAAUGUCUCUCUUCCAAGAAGAAGGAGCGUGAGUUGCCGGCAGAGGGGGAGAUCACAAAGUCAGUCUUCAUGUCUCAAUCUACUGACAUUUACACCAAUCUGGCUCUCGAAGACUGGAUGUACCGUAACAUGGAUUUCUCUAACCACCAUGUUAUGAUGGUUUGGCGGAAUGAGCCAUGCGUUGUGGUUGGUAGACAUCAGAAUCCUUGGUUGGAGGCCAACGUGUCACAUCUAGCUGAAAGGGAAAUUGCCUUAGCCCGCCGGAACAGCGGCGGCGGCACCGUGUACCAUGAUCGCGGAAACCUCAAUAUUACAUUCUUCACACCUCGUGAGAGGUAUGACAGGAAGUACAACUUGGAGUUGAUCAAGAGAGCACUUUUCCGGGGCUUUGGCAUCAAGUCCACCAUCAAUGAGCGACAAGAUCUCAUUGUCAGAGACAAAUACAAAAUUUCUGGCACUGCUUCAAGGCUGAGCCGUUUGACAGCGUACCACCACUGCACCCUUCUAGUCAACGCCAAUAAGGCAGAUCUCAGCAAAGCUCUGGCUAAAAGAGAGCAUGGCAUACAGACGAACGCGACUCCGUCCACGCGUUCCCCGGUGGCAAAUCUGGCAGAGAUGGACAACCGGGUGACUGUGGACAGCCUGCAGACAGCUGUGGGCUACGAAUUCCUUCGGACGCCAGCCCUACACCUUGGAGACGGCGGCCAGGACAUGAUUUCAAAGCAGCGAGGAUUCCAGUUUGUCAACCCUACAGAUGAUUGGUUCCCAGGACUUGCAGAAUUGAAGAACGAGCUUCAGACUUGGGACUGGUGCUUCGGCAGGACUCCGGACUUCACCGUCAGUCGCAACUUCCCGGUACCUGCAGAACUCUUGGCUCCGUCCAAGAUCUACUCAUCCACUGAGGAGCUCGUCAUUAACAUGAGCGUAGUGAAAGGUCUGAUCAAUGACGUCACUCUUAAAAUUCCCCCGGGUCUAAUAGAAUCAGGUUUCCAUGGAGAGGCUUCCGUAAUCACUCAUCUCAAAGGGAAGCGAUUCACAUCCGAAGCCCUUACCGCGCUCCAGGAGGCGAUGUUGACUCGUCACUUGAGUUCUGACGUUAAGCAGUUGGACGAGAAAGAGCAAUUCGUCGCGAAAUGUUUCGAUCAAGUGGUCAAUACCAUCUAAACAGUCUUUGUAAAAAAAACGUAAAGGUGCUAUCUAAUAUGUAUAACAAUGUAAAAUAUACUUAGACUAGACAUUUAUCUGUACAAGGAUAUGUUUAUCUAAUGAAAUAAAUUGAUAAGCUGCUAGUGUCUCUACAGUGUAAAUAUAAUAUUUAGGUGAUGUACAAAAUUAUAUUUUUACAAUAACUAGCUGUUUCAGAAUAGUCUUAUGUGCCUGUAUGUUGUCGCUUCCUAUGCCUAUUAUCCUUUUCGUGUUUUCAAAGGUGUUUGGUUUCUUGUUUGUAAUUAAUUUUCAAUCUGCUUAUUACAUUGUGUUCUUUUAGUUUAGAAUUAUAUUUUAUGUUAUUUGUAUUCCUGACACUUAAUAAUUGCAUUCAUUGUUUUACGUGAAAACAACAACUAGCUCAAGGUCCGUUAGUGCUUGCUACCAUCAGUAGAAUUUUCACAAUUAAGUACAAUGACUAAUCUGAUUUGAAUGAUGAGGCAGGGCCUCGAUGUAUAAAUUAACACGUUGAUUAACAAUUUAAUGCACUAUUAAGUUUGAGGCAUACGACAUCAACACGCGAGUCGCACCUUUGUGCUGAACGCUACAAGAAUGCAUCAUAUCAUUUGUUUUAAUUAAUUAAAUUAUAAUUUUUAUAACUGGAUUAACUACCCAUGUAAUGUUACUUAUCGACAUUUUACGUAGCAUGUAAUCUAUUUUAAGCUUCGUUGUACCCCGAAGACCGUUUCAUAACAAUCCUUUGGUUUUCAUAAGAUCUGCCCGCGACGGGAACUUUUUUGUAUGAAAUGGAUUUUAAAAUAAUUUUAGUUUCUGGUGUGUUAGAUGUAUGUAUUUGAGGUCACUUCUUUGUCAUAAGUAGGUCGUCAAUCAUUAUAGUUAUUUGUAUAUCGGAACUGACUUGUCUAACAACAAUAUUAAUAUCGUUACAUUCAUAACUAAUUUUAGUUAAAUAUGUAAUUUCUAUAUUUUUGUUAGAGUUAUUUUAAUGAAGGUAUACUGAGUUGUAGGGUAAUGAUUUAUUCUGCUAUGUUAAUUUCUUACACCGUUUGUGGCAAAGUAAAUAGUUGAUCGUGUAUUAUUUAGAUUAAUUGAAUGUGGAAUAAAGUUAAUAUACCUA